AUGGCACGCAAGAGAAAGAAGAAAAGCGCCGAUCCCGAGAAUUUUAGAAGUUAUUUUAGAAACUGCUUUCGCAUGGAGAUCGUUGGCGAAUCUCGACCGAAUAAAGAAAAGCAUCAAAUUUCAUUUCCUUUGAUCAUGGUUUUAAAGUUUUUUAAUUUCAAUCGCCAACGGUUUAACGAACACACUGGAUUUGGUUUUGUCGGCAUUGCGGUAUAA